AUGUCUGAUGUGUUCCGCGAUGAGCACGCCGUUCCCGCGACCCCUCAGGAGCUGAGUCAGCGCCUUCAAGAAUACCUAAGCCGCACGGAGUGCAGCACAGAAUGUGCGGUUCUGGAAGGUGACGGCGACGACAUCAAGAUCAUGGUGACAAUGCAGCUGGACUACCAGAACAUGUACGCAAACGACAAACCAGGAUUCAAGCAACGUCUGAAGCGCCAAUUGCUGCACGCGGCUUGUGGCAGUGAGUUUGACCGUAUGCCCGCAGAUGCCUUGGAACUCCUGGCAGGCAAGAUUGAGAUCGAGGAUGUCAAGGAGGGAAGCAUCAUUGCGCUUGUCGUGUUUGGUGCAGGGUUCCUCUUGGGUCUGGCUGUUGGUUUGGCUGUUGGUGCCCGCAAUCCGCCUGUGAAUGUACAGCCGAAUGUACAGCCUGCACCAUGGAUUCAGAUAAACUGCACAUUACAGUAG